GCAGGAUAUGGAGGAGCGCGGAUCCCCCGAUGGGGACCCCGCGCGGAGCCUGGAGCAGGGGCCAGAGGGGCCAGAUACACCCAUCCAGGUGGUGCUCAGGGUGCGUCCCAUGAGCGCUGCCGAGCUGCGCCGAGGGGAACAGAGCGUGCUGCACUGCACGGGGGCCAAGACUCUGCAGGUGAGCCCUCCGGGCGGGGGCCCGGAGGUGGCGUUCCGCUUCGGGGCGGUGCUGGACGGGGCGCGCACGCAGGAGGAUGUGUUCCGGGCGUGUGGCGUGAGGCGACUCGGGGAGCUGGCGCUGCGCGGCUUCUCCUGCACCGUCUUCACCUUCGGCCAGACCGGCUCCGGGAAGACCUACACCCUGACUGGGCCUCCGCCCCAGGAAGAGGGGGUGCCCAUACCCCCCAGCCUGGCUGGCAUCAUGCAGAGGACCUUCGCCUGGCUGUUAGACCACGUGCAGCACCUGGGUGCGCCUGUCACCCUGCGGGCCUCCUACCUGGAGAUCUACAAUGAGCAGGUCCGGGACUUGCUGAGCCCGGGGUCUCCCCGGCCCCUCCCCGUUCGCUGGAACAAGACCCGGGGCUUCUAUGUGGAGCAGCUGCGGGUGGUGGAGUUUGGGAGUCUGGGGACCCUGAUGGAACUUCUGCAGAUGGGUCUUAGCCGUCGAAGGAGCUCAGCUCACACCCUGAACCAGGCCUCCAGCCGAAGCCAUGCCCUGCUGACGCUCUAUGUCGGCCGCCAGACUCAGGUGCCUCCUGUGGAUCCCGGGGAACCCCCCACCGGUGGGAAGCUGUGCUUUGUAGACCUGGCCGGCAGUGAGAAGGUGGCGGCCACAGGAUCCCGUGGGGAGCUGAUGCUGGAGGCCAACAGCAUCAACCGCAGCCUGCUGGCCCUGGGUCACUGCAUCUCCCUGCUGCUGGACCCACGGCGGAAGCAAAGCCACAUUCCGUUUCGAGACAGCAAGCUCACCAAGCUGCUGGCAGACUCGCUGGGGGGGCACGGGGUCACCCUCAUGGUGGCCUGCGUGUCCCCCUCAGCCCAGUGCCUUCCUGAGACUCUCAGCACCCUGCGAUAUGCCAGCCGAGCUCAGCGGGUCACCACGCAGCCGCAGGCCCCCAAGUCCCCUAUGGCAAAGCAGCCCCAGCGUUUGGAGACUGAGAUAGCACAGCUCCGGGAGGAGAACCAUCUCCUUCGGUCCCAACUGGGCCGGAUGGACCCCAAGGGUAUGAGCUCCCUGGGGGUGAGGUGGGAUGUGGAGAGGGCCUGCGCCCCUCGGGAUCCGGCCGUCGCCCCUUUCCCUGCAGUCUCUGGACUCAGUGGUACCCGAGUGGCUUGGGCCCAGCGGAACCUCUACGGGAUGCUCCAGGAGUUCAUGCUGGAGAAUGAGAGGCUCAGGAAAGAAAAGAGCCAGCUGCAGAGUAGCCGGGACCUGGCCCGGGAUGAGCAGCACAUCCUGGCCCAGCAGGUCCACGAGCUGGAGCGGCGCCUCCUCUCUGCCUGCUGCCUUCACCGGCCCGGCCUCGGCCCUGCCCCGCUGUGUCCCUGUGCGACGGGGCCAGCUCCCUCCUGCCAUGCCCUGCCACCCCUGUGCGCCUGCCCCUGCUGCCGCCUCUGCCCUCUGUGCCGAGUGCCGCCGGCCCACUGGGCCUGCCCACGGAGGGAGCUCCACCUGCCCCAGGUGUUUGGCGCUAAGGCCCCAGAUGGCAUGACCCUGCCUGCCCGGCCCCCGCCCUGGGCACCCCCAUGCAGCAGCCCUGGCUCUGCCAAGUGCCCGAGAGAGAGGAGCCACAGCGACUGGACUCAGACCCGAGUUCUGGCGGAGAUCCUCACCGAGGAGGAGGUGGUACCUUCUGCCCCGCCCCUGCCCAUGGGGCCCCCCCGGAACAUGUCACCAGUGCUGAGAGGUGGGGCCGCAGUUCCAAACCUGGCCCGGAGGCUGGAGGCCCUCAGAGACCAGAUCAGCAGCUCCCUGCGACGCGGCCGGAGCCAGCCACCCUCCCACGAGGGCACACGGAGCCCCAGCCGAGUUCUCCCUCCCUGCUGAGGGCAAAACGGAAGCCCAGGAGACCACCGUGCGACCUGGGGCUGGGCUCUUCGCUCUGGGGCUGCGCUCUCCCCAUCUAUUAAAUGGGGGUGGUAGCUGCCGGUCCAUUCUUCAGGCUGGCUGGGCAAGGACAGUUCCUGAGGGCCCGGGAGUGAGGGCUGGAGGGCUGGAGGGGAGCAAAGGGAGGGUGCCACCCCAGACUAUGAGAAAUGAGACUGGAUUCAGGAGGAACCGGGCAGCAGGUCAUGAAGUGUGCGUCCCAAUAAAGAGGCCUCAG